GUAAUAGUGUUGACUGUAUUGAAGAGGCAUUCAAUUGAACUGUGAAUGCAUUGACUGUUUUGUAAUUUAAUAUGAAUAACAAAACAGCGAUUAAUGCGUUGAUUAGGCAUCAGAUGAUUGGUUGCCAUUCAUAGCAAUUGAUUGCCAUUUAAUGUGAUCUCUAUUUGAAAUGAGUUUGAAUUGAAUAUUCAUUGAAUUGUUUAUAUUAUUCACGAAUUGAACGCCAAUUCAAUUCAAAAUCAAUACUCAAUUACUGUUGACUAGAUUUGUGUGAAACUAUCGAUACGUUUACUGAACUCAUUAUUUGCCACAAAUGUAUUUAUAAUGAAUUUAAUAUUUAUUUUAUAUUAAAUUGUGUGUAAAUUGUGAUGAAAUUGUGAUCAAAGAGUGUCUGAAUGGCUGAUCAGGUGUUGGACUCGUGGGAAGACAUGAUUGAUGAGAAUGGCGUUUUGGACCACAAGUUGAAUAAAUUAUCACUUAAUGAAAGCAAAGAGGAAGAGAUGGCGUCCGCUUUGAGGCCAAUUGUGGCCAAUAAUUGCAACUCAAGCGUUGACUCCGGCGGCCAGUCGUCCGUCUGGUUGUCCAACACAUCAAACGAUACCAAUAAUAGAGUUUACGAUAAUUUAAAUGCUAUUAAAAUUUUAAAAAGGCCCGUAAAUCGAGAGGCGAUUAACAGAGAGAGUGAGUGUUUAGUGAACUCUGGGAACGACCCGAACCAGAAUCAGACCAUUAUUACACUGGAAGACAAUACGAGAACACAAUACGUACCACAGGUUAGGAUAUUAAAGAGGCAAAAGGACAGCACCGGUCAGUCGCCUACAAACAAACCAUCAAAUGGUAACCAAACCAAUAGCAAGACAUACGAGGAAAGAGAGGCCGAGUACGCGAAGGCCAGACUUAGAAUCUUAGGCAGCGCUUCGGCACCCGAGGAAGAGAGCAACUCAUCGACUACUGCGGGUGCCGUUCCGGUGACCAGUAGUGGCGCCCAAAACAGCAAAACUAAAACAACGCCCACUACUGAAAGCCGUUCAACAAAAUUAGGUUUACUUAACAAUUGUAAUGAAUUAAACGCCGUUCCCAUCAUUCGCCUACCGCUCGGACCCGACGGUACCAAAGGAUUCAAUCGCCAAACGAGUCCUCAACACAGAUAGCGGUGCCUCUCAUCCAUCAAAUGAAGCAAUCCUUUUAUGUUUUGAUUGUUCGGACGAUUAAUUCAUUUUAUAAUUUUAACCACAAGUUUGUAUCGCAAAUGUGUUUCAAUUUGACGACACAAAUCAUUUUUUCAAUCAUUGAAACUCCAAUUCUUAAUUCAAUUAACCGACG